UGUCGCUGUCGCCUACGACAGCGCUUCGUGUUGGAUACAAAUCACCGGAAUACUUCCAAAGCAGUGUGCGUAGCUGUAAACCUCAGUCGUCAAUAGAUUACUAUCGCUGUCGUUGUAUUAAGACAAUGACAUAAGUUAAAACGUGCUCUUUGUAAAUGGUACAGACAGACAGUUUUGAGCAGUCACCGCAUUGCGGAAGAAGUUUUUUGGAUGAUUCAGGAUGUUUACAUCCCGAAAAUUCUUCUCUGUCUAUACUUUUGUUUGCCUGCAUGCUAUCUAUUUUUUUGCCCACUGCUGGGCAGGAAUUGCAACCGCUUCACCAACAUACCUAGGUUGAAUUGA